AUGCCCGCAUCUCUGGUCCUGAGUGGAAGAGGCUGGCUUCAGAGGGUGGUCUAUAUAAAGGGCAGUGUUCAGGAGACGCUUUCCUCAACGUCCUCCACCGUCUCUCUGGAGAAGAUUCAAGGUUUCCCUCAACCAUCGUCUGCAUCAUGUGAGCAAAUCACCAUCCCUCUGUGCAGAAACCUUCCCUACUCUCAGACUGUGCUGCCGAACCUCCUGGGCCACGCCUCUCAGGAGGAUGCCCGCCUGGAGAUGAAUCAGUUUCUUCCUCUGGUUAAAGUGAGCUGCUCCCCUCACCUCCAGCCCUUCCUGUGCUCCGUCUACGCCCCUGAGUGUGUGGUGGGGACGCCGCGGCCCCCCUGCAGGACGCUCUGUGAACAUGCACGCGCCGGCUGCGAACCACUGAUGAAUAAGUUUGGUUUUGUGUGGCCGACAGCCCUCAGGUGUGAAGCCUUUUCCAACGAGUCCUGCGAACACUAUGGAGUGGGCAGCAGUGGGGGGGUCUGUGAGCCGAUCACCAUCCCCAUGUGCCAGCACCUCUCCUACAACCAGACCAUCAGCCCCAACCUGCUGGGACACACCAGUCAGAGGGAGGCGGUGGGGAAGAUGUCCUUCUUCAACGCCAUGGCUCAGUCCAUGUGCCCCGUGGACGUCCGCCUGUUCGUCUGCAUGGUGUACGCCCCCAAGUGUUCGGGAGGGGAAGUGCAGCGGCCCUGCAGGUCCUUCUGUGAAAGAGCCAAGCGGGGCUGCGAGGGGACGAUGGCCAGCUUUGGGGUUUCCUGGCCAAACGACCUGCAGUGCAACGCUUUCCCCGAGCAAAUGUGUGUAUCGGAAGACAGCAGGCCAGAUACGCUGGAUGCUGAAGGAGUUCUCGCUAAGCUGAACGCCGGGGGCUACACCGUUCGUGGCAAUACCCUGACUCUCAAGACAGCCCGUCUCCUGUUGACCUUCAUGGACGCAGACCGGUCUGGAAACCUGAAUGUGGUCGAGGUCUUCAAGAUGGAGCACUAUGCGGCUGUUGUCAGGCGGGAAUAUGUGGAGAGCUACGAGAGCAGGAACCCGCCCUCCGUCACUCAAACCCAAAUGAAAAGGGCUUUGUCCGUCCACGAAUUCGACUUGGACGAUGAAACCUUCAUAGUUCUGUGGAACGGGAUCCGCUCCAGAGACGGGAUCGAAUACGACGAGUAUGUGGCCGUCAUGACCAAACUCCUGAUCCUCAGAGAUCGUUUCAAUACUCAUCAGCUGAGGUUACCGUGUGACUGCCAGGUGGCCAGCUUCUCAUACAAGCAGUUCAUGAAAUCAGCCAUAAUCUGAGGGUCACAUGGAAGCUGAAUGGAUUAAGGGAGUUUUUUUUUUAAUUAGCACAGAUGUUAAGAGCUGUCAUUUUAUUUCCUACUUUCACAAAUCUUCUCUCUUCAAGGAGAUAUUAAACACUGAGAACAAGUUGUUGAGAGGUCAAGAUUUUCUUAU